AUUCGGUUGGCGGAGGAAGAACCGGGGGAGAAGCGGAACAAGAGAGCGCCGCGGCUGUGGAAGAAAGAAAGAGAGAGAGACGUUGUAGCAGCAGUUAAAAAAGUUAGCCGUGUGCCUUCAGCCACUUUUCCACACCGGGAACUAGAGGCGAAGAAGAAGAAGAAGAAGAGGCCGAAAAGACUGACUUUUUCUUCCCACCGGCAACUUCGGGGAAUUCACCCACUUGAGUGAACUUUAGCCGCUCGCUGUCUUUGCUAAGUGAGCUAAAGCGGAGAGAAUGAAAACACCUGGAGAUACCGGGUUUGCUUUCCCAGAAUGGGCUUACAAGCCUGAAUCCAGUCCUGGGUCCAGGCAGAUCCAGCUGUGGCACUUCAUUCUGGAGCUGCUCAGGAAAGAGGAGUAUCAUGAUGUCAUCGCCUGGCAGGGGGACUACGGCGAAUUCGUCAUCAAGGACCCCGAUGAGGUGGCCCGACUGUGGGGGGCCAGGAAGUGUAAACCCCAAAUGAACUACGACAAACUGAGCAGGGCACUGAGAUACUACUACAACAAGAGAAUCCUCCAUAAGACUAAAGGCAAGAGGUUCACUUAUAAGUUUAACUUCAAUAAACUGGUUUUGGUCAACUAUCCUUUCAUCGACAUGGGCUCGACCGGGAGCAGUGUUCCUCAGAGUGCUCCUCCUGUCCCCACCGGAGCAGGAACCCACUUCCGCUUUCCUCCUUCAACUCCCUCUGAAGUCCUCUCCCCCAACGAGGACCUCCGCAGCCCCGGUGGCAUGUUCAGCUCCGUGGCCCGGCGAAUGGCACGCGGCUCUGUCAGCGACUGCAGCGACGGCACUUCUGUCAACUCUGAGAUUGAGGAAGGUAACAGCGGGGCAGGAGAGGAGAGGGGAGAGAGGGGUGUGAGUGGAGGAGGAGGAGGAGGAGGACCUGGGGGUGGAGGUGGAGGUGGUGGCUAUAGGAGUAUCAUCCAUCCCCGUCUGUCUCAUGAAACCCUUUUCCGCAUGUAUGGAGGAGGAAACCCACCUGGACACCCAGGAUCUCGUGGCCCUGCCGGGCACCGGAUCCACCCGGACCCCCUGUCCCCCUUCCCUGUGUCCCCUCUGCCAGGGCCAGGAGGAGCUGGCCUUCUUGCUCCUCCUCUGUCCCCGGCAUUAUCCAUGACCCCCUCAUCUCACUUAGCCUAUACUCCCUCACCCACCCUGUCCCCCAUGUUAGGCUCCCACUUCUCCUUCAACCCAGAGGACAUGAAGCGCUAUCUGAAGGCCCACACCCAGUCAGUCUACAACUACGGCCUCAGCCCCAGAGCUUUCCUCCAGUACCCCAAUAUCGUCAUCCCACAGCCACACCGGCCCGCGGCAGACAAGGUGGUUCUGAGCGGAGAAAGAGGCGUGGCCGAGAGAGCAGCAGGAGGAGAGAGAGGAGGAGAGCGCCACCACCAUCCACCUCUGGCUCACUCAGCUCACCACCAUCCACACCAGCCUCACUCAGCUCACCCUCACCCUCACCCCCACUCCCAUCCAAUGCACCAUCCACUCCAUCUGGGUGAGGAGCCUCCACACAUGUCGCCCUUCAAGUUUAAGCUGCAGCCGCCACCACUUGGCAGGAAGCAGCGGGAGACUCAAAGCCAGAGCAAAGCCAGGCAGAGCUCACUGUCCUCAGGAUCUGGCUCCAUGUCGUCCACCUCUGGCCUUGGAUCCUCACUGUCGUUUGGCAGCGACCUGAGCUCAGCCAGUGGUUCGGGUCUCAUCUCUGCCUCGUCCUCAACACAGUCUCUGAACAGUGCAGGACUUCCCAAGAUAAAGGUGGAGCCGAUCUCUGACAUAGAGUCAGAAGAAGAGGUGGAGGUGACUGACAUCAGUGAUGAGGACCCAGAUGAAAGAGAUGAAGAGUUUGAGCUCUUCUCCCCCAGGCACUCUAGAGCCUCUGACCACCACCAUCACCUCCAUCACCGUCACCACCUUGCUAACGGCACAGCCACAUCCCAGCAUCACACCAAUCCUGAUGAAGACCUGGACGAGGAUGUCUUUAAAGCCCCCGCUCCACCUCCACCUGGUCUGACACCCUUCUUCACCUCACAGCAAACACACUCCAACUCCCACCGUGGGAUACCUGUCCUCAAAACUGAACCCACUGAGCCGGGGGAGAGCAGCACUCCCCCGCCUCAGACGGGCUCGGCAGGAGCUUUCCACACUAAGUGCAUCCCCCUCAAGUUACGCUUUAAACGGCGCUGGAGCGAAGACCAGCGCAUGGAGGCCUCACAGGAGGAGUCCGACGACAAGAAAGUGCGACCAGAGGAGGAGAGGGAAAGACAGAGGCAAAGCAAUGGACGAAUGCAGAUGGAGGAGGAUGGGACAGGCAGUGGAGACGGGGACAGUCCUCCCCCUUUGGCGUAUGAGGGCUCUUUAGCCACGCCGUUGGCCUCACACCGGAGGGUGAGCGCCGAGCUGCAUCGUGCCACUGCACAGCUGUCCCUGGAGAACAAAGACUGCUGAUGAGACAUGCAGCAUAAACACUACUGUUCCAGUAGCACAGGAGAUGGUGCAGGAGAUUGUAAAUGGUUCCUCUGUAAUCCCUCUCCCACACUGACAAACUAGAUUCUUGAACCCAGUAUCAGUAAACUGACAGCACAGUUCAACACACACACACACACACACGCGGGCGCGUACAAGCAGCCUCUCAAACAUGAAGCCCGUCAGAUCACCCAGCUCACUCAGCUUCUGUUUGGGUCAGAGCCUUUCUGGGACAUGUCCUUUCAGAUUCAGCCACCCCAGACACAGUGACUGUGGCGGGGGGUUAAAUCACAGCGAAGCUCCCUCAUGAAACUUCACCUCCCACCAGGACGACGAAUCUCCAGAUGCCCUGUCCCAGUAGCACAGCUCCUGCCUUCAUACCCCAACCAGUAGAAUCCACAGCCAGUCAAGCAAGACUUUCCUCAGGGGGACACUGACUCCCUUACAGCCCAGCUCUGCACACCCAGGACGACAUCGUGCUCCCUCUUUCCAUGAUACUUUUCUUAUGAGACAACAGGACUUUGACAAGUGCCUGUAUCCAAAAAACCCACAGCCCACAGGCGGCGGCAAACAGAGGCAGAGUGUGUGGGAUAUGAGCAGAACAACUGCUUCGAGAUGUCAUCACUUAACUCGUGAACCCUUUGCAAAGUCUGCCAGAUACUGAAACAUCACAAGGAUGAAAAGGAAAGUGUGUCUCUAAGUACUGAAGAGUGGGGCUGUUGGCGUUGUCUGUCUGACUGACUCUUAAACCUGACCCACUCCACUCAGGGAAGCCUAUUGCUGUAUGUUUUAUUUGAAUCAUGCACACAAACAGACUCCAGCAAAUAUAACUAUCAAAAAAAAA